AGGUUAAAAUGGAUGACAUCAAGUUCCCCAAGAACUUUUUCCUGUCUCGAGACAAUAUGCACGCAGUUUUCGACGCUUUUUCGGCUGGGCGUUCGGUGUCUGAGGCUGCGGCGGAGGUGGUUCAAGCUGUUUCCUCUAAAAAGGUUAGCCGACCUCCUGCCAAAGCUUCUUCUCGGGCUUCUAAACCAAGCUCGCGCGGCACCAAGUCAUGUCGGCCAUCUAGCCGUGGUGGAUCGAGCUCAACUCUUAAGCCCGCUGAAGGGUCUAAAUCUACUCCAGCUUCCUCGGAGGGUGCGAGGGAAACCUCCCUAGCCAUUGUGGAGCAGACCCAAGUCGUUGAACAAGUGGAGUCGGGACCUUGGAACGUAAGUGUUCAGCCCUGCUCAAGGUAGUAAAACAUGUUGAAGACAGGGCUCAGCUAGAGCGUGAGCAAUGUAUAGCGGAGUAUCAAGAGUCUGAUGAACUGAAGAGGAAGAUCGAGCAGGCCUGUGAGGUUCACCUUCAGGACUACAAAGAUUCUUCUGAAUUGAAGGCGUUUGUAACUGAGGCUUGCGAAGCACAUCUUGAUGAAUAUAAAGCUUCCGCUGAGAUGGGGUCGGCUAUUUUUAAGAAAGCCUUCCGUAUGUACGUAACCGGUUACAAUCGUGGUUUAAGGGAAGCUAGACACGCUCCUGAUAUUCCUUUGGAAAAGCUUCGUAAGCCCGAAUUGGACUCGGAUGGCGAGCCGGUGUUAUAUGGGGAAGAUGAUUUCCCUAUGCCCAGAGGGGAUUGUCGCAUCGUAGGCCGGUCCUCUGUGUCUUCUUCAGAAGAAUCCGAGUCGGAGGGGGAGGACGAGGAAGUUCCUGGGUCAGAGGGAGAUGACCCUAAUUCUGAGAAGGAGGACCCCCACCUAGGGUCAGAGAUUGCCCCUGUUGUUAAUGUUGAGAGGCCUGAUCCAAAGGAGGCCGUGCUUCCUCCAGAUGUAGCUGUAAAUAAAGAUAGUGUAGGCGAGGAUGUUCUCACAGAUGUGAGUCCUUUGAGGACUAUUUUUCCUUCUACUUCGUCCGAAAAAUAG